GGCUUCCGGGAGGGGUCGGUGGGCGAAGCAACAUGGCGGCGGAGAGCGGAGAAGGACCGCAGGAGAUGAUGGAGGUCUUCUUCCCAGAUUGUUGGUUUUAGGAAGAUGUGAUGGGAGGAAAAAGUGCAUCCAAAAUCAAAGUAGAAACAAGGGUUGACAAACGGAUCGAGUCGGAGGAGUCUGGAGAUGAAGGAGGGAAGAAGCAGGCGGUGUGCUUAGUGACAGACCUCAGCCAGCAGAGCCUGAGAGAGGAGCAGAAUGGGGAGAGCUCUGCAGGACAAGCAGAGACACCAGUGGACAUGGAGACAAUUAGCUUGGACCCAGAAGCUGAGGAUGUUGACUUGAAUCAUUUCCGAAUUGGGAAGAUAGAAGGAUUUGAAGUGCUCAAGAAAGUGAAGACUCUGUGUCUCCGUCAGAAUUUGAUUAAGCACAUUGAGAAUCUGGAGCAGUUGCAGACCUUGAGGGAACUGGAUCUUUAUGACAAUCAAAUUCAGAAGAUUGAGAACUUGGAGUCUCUGGUGGAACUGGAGAUCCUGGACAUCUCCUUUAAUGUUCUGCGGCACAUUGAAGGACUGGAUCGUCUCACCCAGCUUAAAAAGCUCUUCCUUGUCAACAACAAAAUCAGCAAAAUUGAGAACCUGAACAACUUGCAGAUGCUACAGAUGCUGGAGUUGGGAUCCAAUCGAAUUAGGGUAAUUGAAAACAUUGACACCUUGGCUAAUCUUGACAGUCUGUUCCUUGGAAAGAAUAAAAUCACCAAGAUUCAGAACUUGGAUGCACUGACAAACUUGACUGUGCUCAGUAUACAGAAUAAUCGCCUGACCAAGAUUGAGGGGCUGCAGAGCUUGGUGAAUUUGCGUGAGUUGUACAUCAGCCACAAUGGCAUUGAAGUCAUCGAGGGACUGGAGAACAAUAACAAACUCACAAUGCUGGACAUUGCAUCCAACAGAAUCAAGAAAAUUGAAAAUAUCAGUCACCUAACAGAGCUGCAGGAAUUCUGGAUGAAUGAUAAUCUCGUUGAGAGCUGGAGUGACCUGGACGAGCUGAAAGGAGCCAAGAAUUUGGAAACUGUGUAUCUGGAGAGAAACCCCUUGCAGAAGGACCCCCAGUACCGGCGUAAAAUCAUGCUGGCCCUCCCGACUAUCCGGCAGAUUGACGCCACCUUCGUGCGAUUCUGAGCCUCCUGCUGCCCUCCUUGCAGAAAUGUCCCAACUGGGUUUUUUUUAUCCACUUACCACACCCCGGGUCUUCAGUACACUGACACUGGCAGAGCAAAUGGUCAAUAAAAAGCACUGAAUACCAGAUCUCGUGUACAAUGCACUCGUUGUUUUUGAGAUGUUGAUGUUAUUAUUAUUAAAUCUUAACACAAGAGA